AUGGCGCCUUUCGCCUACUGCUCGUCCCUCGCCGCCGUCACGCUGCCAGACAGCCUCGCCUCGAUCGGCGAUGGCGCCUUUGCCUACUACUGCCGUCGUCCCUCACCGCCGUCACGCGCGGCCUCGACUCAAUCCGGCGGCUACGCCUUGGAAGGCUGCUCGUCCCUCACCGAGGUCAGCUGCCGCGGACAGCCUCGCCUCCAUCGGCGACUCUUCGGCUGCAAGUCCCUCACCACCGUCUCGCUGCCGCUGCCCGACGGCCUCACCACGAUCGGCGACGGCGCCUUCUGCGGCUGCCCCCUCGAUGCCGAGUCGCUGUGGUGGGACGAGACGGCCGCUGCAGCAGGGGGCCGUGCGGCUCGUCGCGAUUGGCCACGAUAA